AUGUCUGACAUGCCAGAAGCCGAGCCGCCCUCCGAGGAUCCGCACCUCGCAGAGGCAGAAGAUGAAGAACUCGACGGGAACUACUCCAAUGCUGAUAAUAGUCCGCUGUAUAUGACCCCUGUCCCAUCUUCCGCUACGCCGUCUAAAGUAAAGAAAUCGGAUUCUCAGCCCGCUGUUGCCAAGACUAAAGUGCCCAUGCACUUAUUGGAAAAGCGCCGACUGGGACGUCAAAAAGCUGCUGAAGAGUUUGCCGAGAAACUUAGAAAGGUGGGGAUUGAAAAAGUAGAGAACCUUGGAGUACGCCAAUCUGGGCUGUUUAAGACUCUCAUGCAGAUCAACCAAAAGAACUACUCAUCAGACUAUCUGCGGCGAGAUGAUCAGAUUUUUGCCAUGCGGGAACGUAAAUCUCUUCGAAACGCCGGCACCACGACUCAUGCUUCACCAGACGCUGUCGAGGAUGACGAUCAAGACGAAAAUAUGGAAGAUGGGGAUGAAGCCAAUACAAUUGUAAUUCAUCCCGGAUCAAGUUUGAUGAAAAUUGGGCUGGCGACCGAUGUACUUCCUCAAAUAGUCCCAAACAGCGUCUCUGUGCCAAAUCCGGAUAUUCAUUUAAAUGUUUCGAAGCCCAAAUCUGAUCAUCACGACACGGAGAAAUACGAAGAACUCAAAGAUACGAUCCAACAAGAUUUCAAGCAGCGAAUGAGAUUUUAUAAGAGGAAAAUUUUGCCCAAUUCCCAUGAGGCAGUUGCCAACUUCAAUUUAAGAGUGGAGCCAGAAAUCAUUCCCGAACACAAUGAUCUGCAUAGAAUUGAAUGGAUUCAAAGAGCCGAUAGGAUAUAUUACGGAGAAGAAGCGACCAGAUGUCUACCUCCUAAUUUUGUUGUCCGUCAUCCGUUUCGUAAAGGAAGAUUCAAUGUCGAAUCGACUGAUUACAAGUCAGUCCAAGAGCUUUUUACGGACGUUAUGGGUCUUAUAAAUCAUGCCCUUACAUUACCCAAGUUAAACAUAGGUGCAGACCAAUAUCCCAAUUAUAAAGUCGUUAUUGUCGUUCCUGAUGCCUUCGACAGGACCUAUGUGGAGAACUUCAUACGGUUGCUGCUCGUUGAAAUGAAGUUUCAAGCUGUUGCAGUCAUACAAGAGUCACUCGCAUCGUGUUAUGGUGCCGGCAUUGGCGACUCGGCGUGUGUUGUUGACAUUGGCGCUAGGCAGACAAAGAUUGCUUGUGUCGACGAAGGGCUCGUUGUUCAAAACAGUGUGGUCACUCUAGAUUUUGGUGGAGAUGAUAUAACGCGAUUAUUCACUCAAUUUCUACUUGAUUCCAAUUUCCCCUACAAGGUAGAUCUCAAUACCCCACAUGGCUGGGGUUUAAUGCAACAUUUGAAAGAACAGUUUGCAACUUUUCAAGAUGCUAACGUCACAAUACAGCUUUACAACUUCAUAAAAAGAGUUCCAGGGAGAGCAGGAGCAGAGAAAUUUGAAUUUAAAGUUUUUGAUGAGGUGAUGACGGCACCUAUGGCCCUUUUCUUCCCAGAGAUUUUUAAAGCUAUAAAACCAAAGCAGACGACCAACGAUUAUCUAAUGGCACAGCUCCCUGCCUCUAAAGACAUUUUUUCUCAGCAUGAGGAUAAUAUGAGAUCCAUCACGCAGAUCGACUGCCAAAAGGGUAAAACCUACUGUGAAAUCUCUAAUGAUGCGCAAAUCCUGGACAAAAUUUUGAACCUUCAAACAGAGAUAGAUAAAGCUCAAUCUCUCGCAAUAAUUGACUCGAAGGAUGUCUACACUUCUCUUGAAAAGGCUAUUAUCGAAAGCAUUACUAACGCGUGUGCCGCUUUAGACGGAAAUUUUUCGAAGAUGACCAAUCUUUAUUCAAAUUUGCUGGUCGUUGGAGGAAGUUCAAAAUUUCCAAGCUUAGACUUCAUAUUAACGGAUCGUAUAAAUAUUUGGAGGCCGCGGUUGCUUAGUGUGAAUUCCUUUCCUACUCUAUAUGCUGACAUUGCUAAGCAAAUCAAGGAACAGGAGCAGCUUUCCAAAGCCACUGAUAGCAAAGAGGAGCUUGAUGUGGUAAAGGAAAAGGAAGGAAUUCAAGAUAUUGUUGAAGAAACACUUCAAAAACAUUGGGAGAAAAUUGAGGCCCUUGGGGGGAACGAGGUAUUCUUUCCCAUUGAUGUUCUUCCACCCCCACGGGAAAUGGAUCCCGCUGUCCUCACUUGGAAAGGUGGUAGUGUAUUCGCACGCAUUAAGCUCAUCGAGGAACUCUAUGUCACUGCCAGCGAUUGGGACGUGUUAGGUAGCCGGAUCCUGAAAUAUAAAUGUAUCUUUGAUUAUUGA